AUGCUGAACAAAAUUCGUCAAAAUUUAAUUGAAUGGAAUCUAUUUGCAUCUGAAGAUCAAAAUGAUGACAUGAGCAGUAGUCCUUCUCGGGAAAUAACUAACGCUGAUGCACACUUAUUACGAGAACAACGAAUUUCUACGCGAUUAUAUGUCAUAUCUCUUACAACUACAUCGUUCAUUUUGGUUAUAUCAACAUUACUCAGUGCAGAAAAAAACAUUAUUACAAUUCAUAAUCCAUCAUUAAAAGUCUACGAAGAACUUCAUGAGAAAUUUUCAACAACUUUGAAUUGCCCGUGUUUGACUAAUACAAUGCCUUAUAAUCAGUUUAUAGUUGUUGAAACAGCAAUGCAUCAAAUUUGUUCUAGUAGUUUUGUUAGUGAACAAUGGAUUAGUGCUCUUUUCAUACCGGAUGCUAGUCGCUAUAGUGGAAUAGACUUUCGUGCAACAGCAAGUUCACAAUUUGAACUCUUAAAAACAUUGUGUGAAGUUGCACGUAACAAUAUUUUUGAGUCAUUAUUAAAUUUAAAUAAUACCCAAUUACUUGAUGGUAAUUUAUUACCAGAGAACGAAAUCUUUAUUCAAGCAAAAACCACUAGUGAACAAAUUCGAAAUGAUACGACAGUUCGAUUAAACAAUGCGCUGAAACUAAUCGAGUUGUUAACUGAAAGCAAUUCUUUUUCUUCAGCUUUGAAUACAAAUAUUGUCUAUUUUGCUAAUCGUGUGAUGUUUCAUGAACUAUUUGUUUAUGCAUCAAGUAACACAGCAUGGUAUUCAAUUGUUAACAACAAAACGAAGAGGUAUGGAUGUCAGUUUAGUAUAUGUUUUUUACCUGUUGGUUUCUAUUCAUUUGCUGAGGAGAUCGAUUAUAAUUGUCAUGCAAAAAUGGAACCUCAUAAGUACAAUGCAUCUGAUUUAGUUCCUGGUUUUUUUGGUGCAUGCACACCGUAUGAAGCUAUUUUUCAAGCUAACUUUAUUUGUCUUUACGAUAUAAAAUGCAUUAAGAAAUUAACUCAUUAUUUUCCACGACUUGUUCCAUUAAUGCCAACGACUCAACCACUAAACACUGCAGUACCAAGCAAAUAUCCGCGAAAUGUAACUGUUAAUCAUCUGCUUCAAGAGAUUUUUCUCGAGCAAUGGAGAGUUUCAAUCGAUCACAUUAGAUAUUUUGCUGCUUGUGCUCCAAAAAUAUGUACCUAUUCAUAUACAAAACAAGUUAAUAUUGCUUAUAUGAUUACGAUGUUGAUCAGCUUGUAUGGUGGACUUCAGACUACCUUGCGAUUUAUCAUUCCAUAUAUAGUUCACUACUCUAUAAAAAGACGAUCUAAUGUGAUUAGUAAUACUAAUACAAGCCAAACAAAUCAAACCAGUAUACGAAAACGAAUCAUAGAACAAACAGUAAUUUAUUUUAAUAUUUGGAAAAAAAAGAUUAUAAAUUGGAACUUAUUUAAAUCCAUUGAUCGAUCAUCUGAAGCAAUUCAUCAACAACGAUUAUCAACAAGGCUUUAUCUUUGUUGUUUAAUUGUAUCUGUAUUCAUUCUUUUACUAUUGACAACAAUAAGUGAACAAACAAUUAGUUUAACUUAUGAUCGUCCACCAUAUUCAAUUUACAAAAAACUUUAUAAGCAAUAUUCUGAAAAACUUAUUUGUUCUUGUUCAGAAAUAACUCCUAGCUAUGGAGCAUUUCUUAAUAUAACGCCUAUUUAUCAUCCAAUAUGUUCAAGUGCAUUUAUCAAACCAAUAUGGUUCAACCAAUUGGAAAUAAUUAAAGGUCCAUCAUUCGUAAUGACAGAUUGGCGAGUAGCGUCACUUAGCAAUUUUCAAUCUUUAGCAGCAUUAUGUACAUUAGCUCAUGACAUUAUUAGUAAUGACAUAGAACUAUUUCGUCUCAGUACCAUAGUGACAACUCGAUUACUUAAUUCACACUUAUUCAGUAGUCAAAUGAAUAAUACAUUAGAAGAAUUAAUUCAUUCUAUGCAAACUGAAUUCGAACGUGUCAAUCAUAUUUUUCGAUUAAUUUUUCAAGUUAAUCAAUAUUUUUCUGGUACAGGCUACAAUUCACAACUACAUAUAUCUGGCUCAUCUAAUGAUGAAUAUCUCAAAAUUAAAAUUUUUUCUAAUAGUCCUGGAAAAUUAUAUGAAGACUUCAAAUGUUUAUGCUCUUUUAAUAUAAAUUGUGGAGAACCAAUAAUAAUUAUGCAUGCUGCCAAAGAGAUUAUCGUGCCAGGUUUUGUAUGGCGUUGUUACCCCAUGGAUUCUAUUCUUUCAUCAACAUUGGAAUGUUUCUAUUCCAAUACUAGAUGUCUCACCGAUAUUUUACUUCAUUACAUUAAUUUUUCAAACACGGCAGUUCCGGUUCCACCACUUAAUGUUUCUCAAUUAAUUCGAACAACAACUCAUUCUACUGUAGCCACAUUGGCUGAUAACUUAUUUGUAGAAGGAUGGAAAAUAUCAUGGUCACAUGUAAAAUAG